AUGUCUACACCACCUAGGAUGCUUCUCCUGGAUGGAGGACCAGGAGGAGAGGCUUUUGUGCUCAUGCCGACGUCCUAUGAGAAAGCAGUCACAGCGGCGACCGAAAAGUUCAGCGUCCCGAAGGAAACACAUAUCGUUCGAUUGACCUGUAACGCCGCGGAUAUGCCUUACAUCGGCGGAUACGCAGGCGUAAGCGAGGUCUUCAUUACGGACAACGACUCAUACCAUUACGCAUGUGCUGGAAAGCUCGUGGCGAGACUCAAUGUCAGGAUCUUUGAAAAGAUUCCUCCCAAGACUGGGACAUCGGGUGGGGGAGGAGGAGGAGGAGGAGGCGGGACAGGAGGUGAUGCGAGAGCUGGGGCCGCCGGAGGCGCGGUAAGUGUUGGUGCUGUCGGGGAAGGAGGAGGAGGUAGUGGGAGCAAGGGAGCAGGAGCUGCCGCUGCUGGUAAGACAGCCGAACAAAACUUGGAAGUCAAGAAAAGCGACGGAAAGAUUGUCAACCUGAAAGGCAGUGUGACAGGAGAGCUCAACAAAGGCCCUCCACCUGGUAGCUAUCUCGGUACACUCACGAUCAGUGGUGGCACUUUCAACCAGAAGUUUGUCGGCCAACAGCUAGGUCCGAACGAAGUCUUGACUAAGUAUGUGAUUCACGACAAGAACACAGCUAGACUCUUGUUUCGACCACGGUCAGUCAGACCAAAGAUUGACAUCCUUUUUCCCGAGGAGCGAAGUCUCGAGGUGUCCAUCUCCAUCGCGGACUGGCAAGUCCUGUCCGCAUACCCUAUGACUAGUCUUCUACCUGAUGAUGGACGUCAACGCCUGAGAUGGUUCUUGCGAGUCAAAUCCUCCGGGAUCGUCGAAGACUUGCUGUCGGGUACCGAAGCCAAUGGGUUAUUCUUCGAACUGCUUCCCACUCCGAAGCCACAGCCUGAUAUCAACGCAUCACCGAAUGGACCUCUCAUCCCAGCGUGGCCAGAUAUCCGCCCUGCGAACGCGUGGUGUCUUCCGCAGACAAUCUUCAUACCCCACAUGGACAGAGUAUUGUCCAUGUUGGGCCUCCCUGUAGAAAGCAGAACCACAAUGAUCACCGAUUGGCUGCCGAGCAUUACGAGGCACAAGAACAUUGCUUACCGUCUGUUGAGUCCUGAUCAAUUGGCCCCGUCGACAACCAUCAGCGUUGUACCGCCGCCAGAUGUACUUCUGCGGGUUUUCGUCCUAUUUCGUGGGAUACCUGACGACCAAAUGGCUGAAUGGAAAGAUCGAGGUAUCUUACAAGCUGAGUUGGGGCUUGAUUGGCGCACGGCUAUUCACUGGACGCCAGAGAUGGACAACGAAGAGCUGUUUAGGAUCAUCGAGUAUGGCGCAAUGGAAUGUUUCGACUGA